UACUCUGGCUCAAACUGGUGUGUCUUCUCAGGCUGAUUCCUUCUCUCUCUCAGUUGCUACAACAAAUGGCGUUCGUUUCCACUUUCCGCCGCAUCAUUGCCGGAUCCAACAACAGCCUCUCGUCGUCAUCGUCAUCGUCAUCGUCAUCAUCCUCCUUGUUUCGCAACUGUUCAACUCUUUCAUCUCCCAAGCUCUUUGUUAGCGGUCUUUCCAGACUCACAACAAAUGAAAAGCUUCAAGAUGCAUUUGCUCCUUUUGGCGAGCUCGUUGAUGCUAGAGUGAUCACAGACAGGGAGAGCGGAAGAUCAAAGGGUUUCGGUUUUGUGACAUACGCAACAAUACAAGAUGCAGAGAAGGCUAAGGAAGGAAUGAAUGCAAAGUUCUUGGACGGCUGGGUGAUUUUUGUUGAUCCUGCAAGACCUAGAGAACCAAGACGGCCUCUCCAGCAAGAUCAUCAGCCUCAGCCUCACUCUUCUUCCACUGCAUCCGGUUUCACUACUAACAAAACCAUUGGGUGGUGUAAAUGAAACAAAACUAUUGUAUUUCCUAUAUAAAAAAACUCUUAUUAUUUAUAGAAUAAGAAUUAAGACA